AUGACCGGGGAUACAUUCACCGAUGAGAAAACACCUCCAUCGCCAGCAUCUCCAACGAAUACCGACACGACCUUAAGAGGAGAUGCUUUCAUCGAGAUAGCGGACGAGAAUAGCGAUUGCCACUCUACCAUCUCGCCCUCCGUGCGAACGAACGAAGUUGAUGUUGAGAGUGCACAGCCUCAAACCGAGAACAAGCGGCCUGGAGUCUUACAACGCGUGACAGGUUCAUUUCGCUCAGAGCCAGACCCCAUAUUCGUGACUGAAACUAACACCCGAACACUGGAAGGAACACCCAACGGCUUCCCAAGGCUUGCAGCGUUUCAAGCUAGUGACACAAACUUCGCGCUUUAUCGAUCGUUCAGUUACUUACACUCACGAGUCCUGCUUGACCUACAGGAUGAGAUUACCUCCUUAGAAGCAGAGCUUGAUGAAAUCGACCUGGAGGACUCUUUCGAAGACCAGCGUCGUCUGAUGUCGAGGGACUACGAUGCUAGCCAACCUCAUGGUGAAGGAGCGCCUCGGAGCCGUCGAGUCAUACUUCGCGAAAUUAAAACCAAGCUAUUAGAAUAUGAUGAGGUGCUUAUGAAAGCAAGAGACCUUCAGUCUUUUCAAAAGCCGUCAGAUCGAAACUAUCGUAGCCUACGACGCUACUGCUACAAGAAGAAACCUCUUUUGGAUGAAGGGCUUGAAUCCAUUCGUACUAAAGAGGACAUGGUCACCAUCCACAACGGCCGCGAAUGGGCGACCUUUGAUGGCGGUGUUGAGACCGUCAUAGGACAAACAGACAAGUUCCUCCAGAAGGUAUUUCGAACGAAAACACCUCCGCUACAGAAGUACUUCCGAACUCCGGAAGCACAAGAGAAGACCACCGAUCCCGAUAUCUCAUAUUACAGCAGCUCGCGUAUUGACAAGCUGGUCAACAUCCUAAUAACCUUCAUCAUAUUCUGUCUGCUCGUGAUACCAGUCAUCACCAUGUACCAGUUGACGAACACGGCUGCACACAUUGAGGUUGACCCUUCGGGCAAUACGACUACGACGAGCACCAUCGAUACUAACAAGCGAGACACUUUCAAUGCGGUGGGUGUGUUAAUGGUCUUUACUCUGCUGUUCAGCGCCGCAAUGAGUCUACUGACAAAGGCGGCGAGACACGAACUCUUCGCGGCGUCUGCCGCAUAUUGUGCAAUCCUGGUUGUAUUCAUUGGGAAUUUCACUGGACCUGGCAAUUGA